CAGACAGACAGACACACACACACACACACACACACCAGCAGCAGCAGCAGCCACAGCGCAAAUCUAGCCAGACAAGCUCAAGGGGCAGACAUCUGGUUGCCAUGACCACAAAGGAAGCCUCGCAGGCCAUGCUCGCCUCACGCUACGUAGGGACGCAGACACUACGCUGGCAGGGUCCUCAGCUCGACGAACUGCUAGUUAUGUCUGAUUGAGUUCGGCGUUCGCCUCUCGGCCCUUGCGCUUGCGUACUACGGCUGGUUCCCGUCGCCGCGGCCCGGAUCGGGAAGUGUCAAGUGGGAGCCGGGUUCCCCCGCCUUCGCCAUCGCUACUGCUGAACCCGGACCCCUCAUCCCGGCCGGGCACUACCGCCAUGACGAACGUGUACUCGUUGGAUGGGAUUCUGGUGUUUGGUUUGCUUUUUGUUUGCACCUGUGCCUACUUCAAGAAAGUACCUCGUCUCAAAACCUGGCUACUCUCAGAGAAGAAAGGAGUUUGGGGUGUGUUUUACAAAGCUGCUGUGAUUGGGACCCGACUGCAUGCUGCUGUUGCAAUUGCCUGCAUUGUAAUGGCCUUUUACGUCCUGUUUAUCAAAUGAAUUCCAAAGUAUCCCACUCAUCAACUGCCAACCAAGGGGAUAAAGAUGAAGAACUUGUCAGGAGCCUGGACCCAGUGUAGGAGAGUUCAUCUAAAAUCAUCAGUAUCCCUAAGAUGAUACGGCAGCAUCUGCCUGCCAUAUGUGGGGAAAACUCAUGGUCACAAACAUUAUUUUUGCUCCAGGGGACUCCAGAAAGCCAAAUUUUUUGAUCUCUGUAUUAAUCAGCCCUCAGAAGCAAGCAAUAUCUCCAGAUAAAUCACACCCCUUAGUGAUAUGAUUAUGUACCUCCUGCUUAAAAACCUGGGCUGGGUGGUAGCUCAGUGGUAGAGUAUUUGCUUAGCAUUGUCAAGGUCCUGGGUUUGAUCCCCAACACUGAAAAAAUUGGUCAUCUAUUUUGCUCUUCAGUUCCUCCUCAGAACCUUUUAAAACUGAUGCUUAUUAGGGAAAGUUUUAGGCUGUGUUCAGACUUCCUGGAAGUCCAGACUUUUUUUAAGACAUGGUCUCUACAUAGCUUUGGCUGUCCUGGAGCUCUCUAUGUAGAUUAGGCUGACCUUGCCUGCCUCUGCCUCCUGAGUGCUGGGAUUAAAGGCGAGUACCAGAAGAUAAUUUUUAAAACUUGACUUUUUUUUUUCUAAUUUGGAUCUGGUGAGUUGGGGAGGGAGGGUAGGACCAGGUGGGAAACAGGAGUUGUGAAAGGCCAGGAAUGUUUGGCUUUUGGAAUGUACUUUUUCUAUGCCCAUCUGGGAGCUGAAAAGAGCAUGGUUCUCAGUGAAGAGAGCACAGAUUGCCAUGUUCUGCGAGCUUGAGGGUUUCCCCAAGAGAACUUGAGUGUAUGGGUAAUCCAGGGUUAUAGGUUGGGAAGACUAGAAGCAGUGACUGAGACAAGCAUUUUCUGCUUACCACUGUCCCCAAAGAAGCCUCCAUUUGACCAACUGAUAGUAGAAAAUGAACCAACUCUUGGUAUUUUCUAAAGCUUUUUUAAUUCUUUCUAAAUGACUUAAUACUAAGUACUAGUAUUCAGUUUUAAAUACCAGUGCUGGGGGAGGGAACUAUUGAACAAAUAAUUGAUUAAUAUGUUUGAAGUUCUGGUAGAAAUGAUAAGUAAAUUAGUAUAUCAAUUCAUAUACUAGGAAAUUAUCUAGUAUAAGAAUUUAUUGUAAUGAAAGUAUAUAUAGAUGGAAACUCUGUCAUGUUAUAAAAGAUGCAAGCUUGUCCUUUAAUUUGGGUUACAGCAAUUUUUAGUUGUGUCCCUGCCCACUCUCAAGUCUACAUACUGCAGUAUUUCACUGUUGCAUUUACUGUAAGACCAUGAGAAAUUGAAAUGAGAGGAGUCACUGAUAUUAACAUAUUGGACAGCUCAUAGAAUCCAUUGAUAAAGUGAGUGUGUUACUGAGUAAAAGAAAAUGGAGCUUUCCAACUCAGUAUUCAGGGCUUUCCCGUGGAGUGUGAGGACAGAUGAUGUUAGGUGACUCAACAUUUGAAGGGAAGACUUCUCCAUUCCUUCCUCCUUAUGCCUGCAAAAGAAUCAGCUUAGGUGUAAGUCUACAACAAUCUAAAAAUAAAGUAGGUCUAAUAUUAAUGAUAAUACACAAGGGGAUAUACAUAUAUAUUCCAGUUGAAUUGUCUAUCAGAAAACUUGAUGACAAACACAGUGGCUCACUCCCAGGUGAGUUCUGUCUGCAUACACUACAAGAGCAAAGGUUGCUGGGAAGCUUUGGUUCCUAUGCAUUUGAGUGCUUGGAUUGUAGCAGUGUAAAGAAAGGCCUGUGUGAGCAGCUCUCUUCAAGAACCGGUCCACAGGGCAGAGUGCAUUGAUUGGCUGUUCUCCAUUGCCACUCCUGAGGAUUGUUCACAGGAGAGAAAAGAAAUCUGACGGUUCUGGAGAGAUCCUAUGAGUGUGCAUAGGGGACCUGUUGACCCACUGGGUGUCCCCUGGGAAGCAGGUUCAGUACUGGUUACUUUGUAUUUAAUGACUUGUUUUCAAAUAGGGCUGAUGUCUCUGAUUUUGGUUUGUAGAGCAGCUUCAUUUCUUAAAUAGCUUCCAUUCUGUGGCUUCUUUCAUGGGUCCUUUUGGCCUGAAUGCCCAAGUUGGUAGAUUUUAAGAUGUUUUCUUACCAGAAUGUUCCAAAAAAGUACUCAAAGAAGCAAAUAGUGUAUUUCACUUCUUGACUCUUGACUAUGUAAGCAGGUACAUAAGAACCUGAUGUACGUAUUAUUUAGGCUGAUGUGUCUUGUUUUUGGCAAAGAAAAAAGUGAUAAACUGUUCCUCUGGGGGAAGUUCUUUGGGGUGGAGGUAUGAGGUAGCAACAUUGCUUCAGAUUCAGGUUCAUCACCAUGAACCCUGUACACCAGGGUAAAAUGGAAUCAGCUCCUUUUUAUAGUUGAAAUACCAUUUUUUAUUCACCAUCGUUGGCACAGUCCUUGAAAAUAAACCUUUUUUUCCCCCUGUG